GCUUGACGUCGUUACUGACCUAUCUACCUACUUUUGGGGUGGGAGAGGGGCUGUGUUAAAUCCAUAGGUCUUGGUUUGGCGGCCGCUCGGGUUGAUUAGUGCACGGCGGCAAAUUGGCUAUAACGGGACGGGGCGAAGCGUCGGUUUCAUACUUGACCGUAUUCGUCGCCAGCCUCGAGUUCUAUUAUCCUCGAACACGCGCCUGAUCGAAAAUCUAACCUUCCGCUGAAGUAACGAUAGCGAACAUGCUGAGCGAUGUGCUCGAACCCUUCUGAAAUGCCUCGAAGGUAUAUCCAUGGGUGUCAUCACUCAUAUUCUCCCACUUUCUGCUCUGCUCGAAUUCCUCGACAUCCCGCGCACGCCGCAUGCCUUCGAGCUGAACGAUGCCGUGUCUCUAUGGUGUUGGCCGAUUACGCCAACUAGCGAUCGUCCAAUCCAAUCCAAACAUGCCACAGAAGAAUUCGACUUUUCCGGUUUUAUGCCUUGCCACCUGUCUCUGGCCUUCCUCAUCGACGUACCAACCACAGGCGGUCCUUGUCUCCCCUACCUAUACGUCGUCGCAACGUUGCAAAUGAACAAGGCUGAGUGGUUAGCCUUCUAUGGCGAAAUUGUCCUUGUGAACUCGCUACUCAACCACCGCGGCUAAGGUCAAGGCGCUUCCCCAGGACACGCAAUUCGCUACAUGACGCUGCGCUGCGUGUUCUCACUCUAGGUCAGUGGGCGCUAGUGGUUGUAUUUGAUCACCUUCAGCUUUUUAUUUCGCGUAUUACUAAGUAUGUCCGUCUUUCCUUCCCCGCUGCGUAGAGGAUUGGGCAAAGCGCGUUGCAUUGUGAUUCUCUAAACGCCUCAAGGCUCUUCUUGGCGUAAGACGAGCGCUUUUUAAUAUCAUGGCGUUGGACCCCGACGUGGUUACGUUAUAUCCGUUACAAAAUGGGACGUUCAUGAGAUACUUUUCGAGGGUGGCUGCUGUAACCCGAUAUAAAUACUUAAGCGCGGAGCAAACCGUACGAAUAUGAGAGGAGACGACACGUCGCGCUAUGGUUGAGGUCGAAAAUAAGUCUCCGCUGAUCAAUACCUAGGUAAGAAGCAUGGCUG